UCACGGAGAAUGUCGCCAAUUCACCUCAGUUGUAGACAUGGCAGCACUCAGACAGGAGCAUCGGUAUGGGCUCUCUUGUGGAAAAAUCAACAAAAACGUUCCAAAUAAAACUCUAUAUCACGUCAAGUUAACAGAUACCGCAAUUCGAACGUUAGAAGCUUAUCAGAAUCUAAAGGGAUCCUUACCAAAUCAGCCAGCAAUUUGCUUCAAGGGGAGCCAGGGGUACAUCAAGAUACCUGGCUCGUCCCCAGAGGCCCCGGAGGCACUGCGAGUCUUCUCCUUCUACCUGUCCAGUGACAGCAAGGACAAACCUCAGGCCAGCUUUGACUGCAUCCACCAGUAUGUCUCAGGGGAGGGCAGGGAGCACCUGGAGGGCCAGGGGAGUAUUCAGGACAAGAUCACUGUUUGUGCCACUGAUGACUCAUACCAGAUGACCCGGGAGCGCAUGUCUCAGGUGGAGAAGGACAUCAUGAGCAGGUCAGCCAUCGAGAUCAAGCCAGGCUCCACUCAUGGUAAAUGUGUGAAGAUUCAAAGGAAGCAGAGUCUGUCGUCAGGCAUGGACAGCAGCAGCAACAAGCACUCCCCCAGCAACAAGAGGAGCGGGGCUCCCAGCUCAGUGGCCCUAAGGCCCCUGAAAGACCGCAUAAUCCACGUCCUAGCCUUAAAGCCCUAUAGGAAGCCUGAGCUAUUGUUGUGGCUAGAGCGGGAGAGGGCCAGUCCAAAGGACAAGACUGACUUGGGAACCGUACUGGAUGAGGUUGCUAAACUGAACCUUAAAGACCACAGCUUUACUCUGAAGGAUGAGUUUUACAGACACAUACAGAAGGAUUGGCCCGGCUACCUAGAGGAGGAGAAGCAGCUCAUCCAAAGACUCCUGUCUAGGAAACUGCAGCCACUGAGCAGCAGUAGCCAGUUGAAGAGUUUCCAGUCAAACCAUUCAUUCCACAAAACCCAAGGGGAUUCUCCGUCACAACUCAGCCCGGUCAAGACUCCUUCUGUGAAACGCACCAUGCCCUCUGACCAAUCUGACUGUCAGACCCCAAAGAAGCAAAGACUAUUAGAUCAUAGUUUACCUCUGCAGUCUCCUUCCAAUGGACAUCUCGGUCCCACUUUACCUCGCAGCUCAUCUGGUCCAGGCAGCACCAGCGUACAGACAAAAACCGAGUUUGAGAGAACCAACAAUCACGUCCAGGGAAGCCCUAAUGGUCUCUACACACGACACAAACUGGGAGGCUCCUCCAAUAUUCCCCAACAGGAUAGGACCGAACUGGUACCAGUAGUACCAAGCCCCAAGGCCCCACUGAUUGAGCCAUCCAUGUGCACUGAAAAGCAGCUAGCCAGUGGCCAGCACAAAAAGAAGAAGUCCAAAAAGCACAAAGACAAAGAACGGGAGCGCUUAAAACAAGACUGGAUAGAGACCAGUCCCGACUUGAAGCAGAACCAGGAAAAUCUCAAUGACCACGAAGGGGCUAAAACACCUGUCACUCGAACCUCACCGGAGGAGUUACCUGACUAUUUAAUAAAGUACAACACUAUCACAGCGUCAGAGCAGCGGCAGCAGUACAAGGAGGAUUUCUGUGCAGAGUAUGAUGAGUACAGAGCUCUGCAUGAUCGGAUUGGUACUAUCACAGAGAUGUUUGUUCAGCUAGGCUCCAAGAUCAACACUCUGUCCCCCGGUACACAGGAAUACAAGGUCAUGGAGGAGCAAAUCCUGGAGAAAUACAGAAAGUAUAAGAAAAAGUUCCCUGGUUACCGGGAAGAGAAGAAGCGAUGCGAGUACCUGCAUCAAAAACUGUCCCACAUCAAAGGUCUGAUACUGGACUAUGACCAUACACAGACCCCUUCAUAGUGAAGGGCCUGCACUCUGCCCCAGGGGGACACUGUCAGUGGACCAAACAACCGGCCAACCAAGCCUGGGUGUUAAGGACCUGGAAUCACAUAAUGAAUCACACAUUCACUUUACUCCUCCCAAUGUUGAUGGAAGAGAGGAGCCAAGUUCUCUUAUAUGAGGUGGGCAAAGACCACUGACUUGUGAUCAAAUAAUGCCCUUUAAUAUUUUCAUUUUUGAGGACAAGCAUUGUAAUGGCUGGAAAUUGUGCCGUAUAAAUGGUGAAAUGACAUGGUUUAAGCCAAAUAAUUUUCUACCCAUAAUGCUAAAUGUACAUGAACUUUUCUGCCCAAUGCUUUUAAGGUUAGGCCUAUUGCCAUAACUACAGGGAAAUAGUAGUUUGACGGUACAAUCAUAUGGACAGAUGAGAAUAAAUGCUCUUCAGACCCAGUCUUCUAACCAUGCAACAGUAUAUAUAAGUAACCAGUACAAUUUGUGGUUUGCUGUUUCACUGAAUGUAUAGAUGUAAACUAACAAGAUCUCGAUUCCUAUAGAAAAGGGUUGUAAUCACUGGAUUAAGAUUAGGGAAAGACUGAGGAUAAUUAGUGUUCUGUGGAAAUAUUUUCAACCUCAACAAAAAGGAGUAACACUAAAUGACACAAUCAUCGCUAAACUUAAUGACAGUCAGUGCAAUGAUUUGGACACCCCAAUCAAACAUCCUGUACGUCUGAAUCUGACCCAAAUGUUACAAUGUCUAUAAUCCUAUUUGAAAUAAUUGAGGAAUUAUGCUUCAUCAAGUUAGGGCCAUUGGAAUGGAAACAACUGCCCCGUCUGGUCCAGAAAAUCUUAGAGAAUUUGACAUUUGUAGGUUAGAGGAACGUGCCAUCAUUGUUAUAUAGUAUAUUUCUGUGAUUCUGUUUAAACCACUACAUUAUUGAAAGAACGCUAAUCUAAAAAUAUCAAACCCCAAAAGCACAUUUCGUGUAAUAGAUAUUUAGAGAUUGGCAUUCUAUUACCUACUUCUCCUGGAUACAUUAUUCUCACUAGUUAAGCCAGUAUUUUCUAACAUUUAAAAAUCAUACAUUAUUAAUUCAUUGUAUUACUUUGCUCAAUAGUCUAUUACUUUUGUGAGACUGGGUGAAAUGCAUAAGCAAUUUCGAAGCUUGUAUAAAUGUAUUCUCAGUGCAACAAAAAAACCUAGGAUUGCUUCCAUGCAGUCAUGAAGUGCAAUGCUUAAAAGCUUCUGGUGUUGGCUCAACAUGGUUUUAGGGCUCAGAAAUAAGAUUCUGUGUUGUACAUCACAGAUGAAUAAUAAUUCAAAUGAGAUCUCUUUAGAUUUAUUUCCUGAUUUGCUGUUGACAAUGCAUUGUAGGAGAUGUCUGUGAUAACUGGUGGUAACAUUGUAUUUCAUGGAGUUGCAGUAGCAGUUCAGUAGAUUUCACCCCUGCGAACAGUGAUUGCCAAAAUGGGACCAUUAUUUUGUAUUUUCAUUUUGAAAUAGUGAAUGUUCCAUUCCAACAUUGGGCUACUGGAUGUGUUGGUGUGCAGUAGAUGCCUUUAAACAAAACUGGACCAUAUUAACUUAACUUCUCUGGAUGUACCUGGGAUUUUACAUAGUUCUCUUCAAUCUGUGGGUUGAAGAUACAGUAUUGCGAUCAAUGUGACUGUCAAUACACUAUCUUGCUACUUAAUUCGUGUCUUAAGAUGGGUGUAAACAGGAAGUUCAUUUUGCCUUAACGUACCCAUCAUACAUUUUCAUGUCAAUGAUAUUUACAUAAUCUCUUUUUUCCAAUCUGCACAGUUUAAUUAAAUGUUUCAGGAUUAUGUAUUUUAGUUGGUUUAUUUUUAGGUUGAAGGAAAUGCUGAAUUUAAGUUAAUAGAUGUUUGCAGUACAGUGAGUUAUGUCUGAGCAUCUUUUAAGUGUUACAUAAAAAUGUUGGUGUAUUUCUCCUCUACCAUGAGAUUUAAUUCUUUUGUGUUUGUCAUCGGUUACUUUUCUGUUUAUUUCCCCGCAUUCUUAAGAGUGGUCUGUGGAUACAUGUUUGAUAAUCAUGAACAGAGUAGAAAAAUAACUGACUAUGUUAAGGACCUUUUCUCAUCCAACCCCAAAUCACCUGGUUCUAGAGCUACGUUAUAUAAGUGUCUGAAAGGUCUUUCCGAAGUGCUCGACUCAUCCUGGACACGUACACACAGAAGAGGUCUUUAUCCUGUCACGUGUUGGUUUAUUGUUUGCUACUGUGGUAUUGUGGAAAGCAUAUAAGACUAGCACACACCAGUGUCUCCUACCCUGUUUAUAUCUUGUUUCAAAAUGCAGGCUUGGUCCUGACCUUUCCAUAUCCGGAUUGUGCCCACAUCUUUUGUGGAAAUAAUUCAAAUACAUUUUGCUGUCUAAUUGGGAUCAGCUGUUAUGCGCUUAAAAAGAUUACAACAGGGUGAGAUCAGGACACGCUGGGUAUGAAGGGCGCAUGCAAACAGCAAGGUAUGAACAGGAUUUCACUGUGCAUUAUAUAGAGGCUGUUCACCUGAAUACGUGCUUAUUGUGAGAUAUGCAGGAGUUAGGAAGGUGCCUUCGAACAGCUGAGUCACAUUGGCUUUUACAUACAUUUUCAUAAUUCACUUGCCUGACCUGCAACUGAAACAAAAUGCACAAAAUGACUGGUCCCGUAAUUGUAUUUUUCAUGUGUUGUCCUAUAGCUGAGGCUAAAAGUCCUGGUUAAGACACCCACAAUGUGCAUACUGCUUGCAAAUCAAACAACUCUCGGAUUCUAAGGUAAUUGUGUUGCUUUUGCUGGUUUACUUUGUUGAUGCUCAAUUAAAUGUCUCAAAUGUGAAAUGGAAUCUCUUGUCCGGUAUAAAUCCCUGCAGUUUGUCUACAUGAGAACACAUUUAUGUAACUAUUUAUUGCUUUCCAUGUUUCCUUUUUUGUUAGUUCCUCCUUUGCACAUCUCCUGUCUAUUCAAGGCAGACAAGAAGCCUCUACUUGGUGAAAAGGAAAAUAUAUUUUUCUUUAGCAGGGAAUGCUUUAUCACCAGCUCUUCCACUAGAAACAGCCUACAACUGUAAAAUUGUCUCUAAAAAUAAAGAAUAAAGCUGUUUAUCAAAAAUA